UUAUAAAAUCCCCACAACCGCUUCACACCGUCAACAACAUUCAAACCCUAACCGUCAAUGGCGACUUCUUUCACUCCGAUCACCGUCAUCUCAACCACCUCCGGCCACCGUAACCACCACAACCACCGCAACACGUCAGCAUUCACCACAUCAGCGUCAUCCUCCGGCAAGUGGUGGACGCCGCUCUUCGGCUGGUCAUCAGAUCCGGACUAUAUCCACAAUUCAAGUUCAACAACCGUAACCGACGGAUCUGUAACUGUAACUGAAACCGAAACUUCAGAUCUAGAUAAACGUGACGAAUACAGAUCCAGAUCUGGAUCUCGAUUUACUCCGGGAGGAUUCACGGAGGAGAAAGCGAAACAGUUGCGGAUGAAGACGGUGGAGACUAACUUUCAUGACGUCAUGUAUCACUCCGCUAUCGCAUCUCGACUCGCUUCGGAUGUUUCCGGCCAUAAUGUUGACCGGUAAUGCUCCGAUUCUUUUCCGGUGAAGUUCGUUUUAGUCGUUUUUUUAUCGUCUAUUACGUCGUGAAUUGAUUUAAGCAUCCAUUGGUGAUGCAUCGGGUAGUAAUCUGUAUUAGUGUGUUUUAUGUGAUGUUUGUUUAUUACUGAAUUGUGAAAUUUUCGAAAAUUGAUGAACAACAACUGUAAAUCAGUUGGAUCUUACAUUUUGGUAGGGAUGAUAGGUUAGAAAGGUGUGUAUUCAAAGGAUGUGUGCAUCAUGACUAUGGUUGUAACGAGAUUGCAUGUUUACUGGA